GCCGUGAUCUCAGAGCUGUUCAGCACCUUGUUCCAACCUUGGAAGGCUGAAGCUACUGACUGAACAGACAAGAUAUUCUACAAAAGAGAUACUAAUUAUCACCAUGAAGCUGCUGACUGUGUCUGCACUUCUUUGUGCAAUGAUCGCUCUGACCACUGCUGCCAGGGGGGGAAACACCAGGGUCCCGGGGAUCACUUGGCUGGGGAGACACACUUCUUCGCACUCGCUCUGCUCCUCGUCCAAACAGUCUCCACACAAGCAGCUCAGCUCACUCUCCUACUCACGGGGUCCAGAGGUCACAAAAGGGCUGAUCCAGGCAAACCUGUUUACACAGACGAGGCGACGAACAGCUCAGAGCCCCAGCCUUAAGAGCCAGAGAACUGCAAUCCGCUCGAGAUCAGCUGCAGGUGCGUGGGCCAAGGGCAGGAGCCCAAUCAGAGCUCCGCCCAGGCAGACAGGAGAGCAUCUUGUUGAGAAGAGAUCUCCAUGUUUUAGGAGCCUCUGGGGUUGGACUAGAUAUGGAAACCAAUACUUUCACUUCUUUCCCAAUCAACUGACUUGGGCUCAGGCGCAGAGACACUGUCAGUCCCUGAAUGCAAAUCUGGCGUCUGUGCGCAACCUCGGAGAGUACCAAGCGAUUCAGAGGGUCAUACUUAAUGGUGCUCGUAAUCAUGUCCCUACAUGGAUUGGAGGCUCAGAUGCUCAAGAGGAGUGUUAUUGGUUUUGGAUCGAUGGAACCCGUUUCACAUAUGCAAACUGGUGUCAUGGAGAGCCUAACAAUGUCGGGGGCAGAGAGAACUGCCUGCAUAUGAAUUGGACAGGAAACCUCUGUAUGAAUGACAUACCCUGUGACGCCAGAUACCCAUUUGUCUGCGCCAGGAAAGUCAGACGAUCUCUGGAAUGAAGGCUUGGUUCACCGGUCUUUAGAGCAAAUAAUCUCAUAAAUCCAGCUUAAAAUGUUUGUCUUCUUACAUCUUUACUUCUUUUUAGUUCACCGCAAUGCUACAUAAGGAAUGAGUUGAAAAAUGAUGCAACCUGUAGAUGGAUUGUCUCUUUUAAUAAGAACAAACUGAGUGUGUAAUGGAAAGAAUGCUUUAAGCUUUCACUUUACUUCCCUGAAUGAACAUCAUCUUCAUUAUUAAACCUUUAAGCAUUGAA